GCUUUGGGCGCGGCCCGCGGGCCCCGAGAAGAUUUCUCAAUUUUGGAUUUUAAUUCCUUUUCCUGAGACCAAGUCAUUUUGAAAGAAGAUCAGACUUGGCCUUAUCGACAUGGAAAUGGGAGACUCCAGUCAACUGCAACAGCAGGGAAGAAACAUGUGAUGUGACUGCGGACAUAGAACCUCACUUACAAGUGAGAGUCUUCUAUAAGAGAAGAGACUCCUGACAGAAUUUUUCCAAGUAUCAAGACUUGACUGUGAAGGAAUCCAGGCACAUGGCAUUAAUAAGGUGCUCCUUCUGGUGGAUCAAGUCCUUGGCCACAGAUCCCUGGUCGUUUAUACUCAUCCUCUUUUCUGUGCAACAUGUAUAUGCGAGUGGAAAGAAGUUUAUUGUGCCUUGCGGAGGAAGAGAUUGCUCACUUUGCCAGUGCUUUCCUGAAAAAGGGUCUCGGGGUCAACCAGGACCACCGGGGCCACAGGGUCCUAUUGGACCCCUGGGACUGCCAGGACCCAUUGGAAUUCCAGGAGAGAAAGGGAUGAGAGGCGACAGUGGCCCUCCUGGAGCAGCAGGUGACAAAGGUGAUAAGGGUCCAACUGGUGUUCCUGGAUUUCCAGGUUUGGAUGGCAUACCUGGGCACCCAGGGCCUCCUGGAUCCAGAGGCAAGCCUGGCAUGCAUGGCUACAAUGGCUCAAGAGGUGAUCCAGGGUUUCCAGGAGAAAGAGGAGUUCCUGGUGCAAGAGGCCCCCCAGGCCUUCCUGGGGAAAAUGGAGAAAAAGGAAAUUCCGUGUUCAUAUUAGGUGCCAUUAAAGGAAUUCAGGGCGACAGAGGGGCCCCAGGACCUCCCGGCUUGCCAGGAUUUAGGGGUGCAAGAGGACCAGCGGGUCCAGUGGGACAUCCGGGAGAGCCUGGGUUAACCGGUGCUCCAGGCCAUCCUGGGAGACCAGGCUUGAAGGGUAAUCCUGGCGUGGGAGUGAAGGGGCAAAUGGGAGACCCGGGUGAAGUCGGCCUGCAGGGUUCUCCUGGACCUACCUUACUGGUACAGCCACCUGAUUAUUGUCUGUAUAAAGGAGAGAAGGGCAUCAAAGGAAUGCCUGGUGUAACUGGACCUCCAGGACCACCGGGACCUAAGGGAAAACCUGGAUUUGGGGCCAAAGGAGAGAAGGGUAUUCCUGGCUUCUCAGGACCUCGGGGUGAUCCUGGUUCCUAUGGAUGGCCAGGCUUUCCAGGAUUAAAGGGAGAACCAGGACUAUUUGGAGAUCCUGGAUCAUUUGGAUUUCUUGGCCCAAAGGGGGACCCUGGAGAUCGUGGGUACCCAGGACCACCAGGUGUUUUGAUAACUCCAUCUCUUCCGCUCAAAGGCCCUCCAGGGGAUCCGGGGCGCCCUGGCCGCUACGGAGAAACGGGGUCUGUGGGACCACCCGGUCUCCCUGGUCCCUCAGGACUACCAGGGGCAACCUGUGCAGGCAUAAUGGGACCCCCCGGGCCAAGAGGGUUUCCGGGUCAUCCAGGACUUCAAGGGGCAGCCGGUGUCCCAGGGAGAGCUGAUGCCACUCCGGGGAAGCCAGGGGACCCCGGACCUCCUGGGUUGCCCGGAGCUCCAGGACUGCAGGGCCCUCCGGGAUCCAAUGUUAUAUAUUGUAGUGUUGGGCACCCUGGACCACAAGGAAUAAAAGGCAAAGUGGGUCCUCCAGGAAGAAGAGGCUCGAAAGGAGAAAAAGGAAACGCAGGGCUCUGUGCCUGUGAGCCUGGUCCCAUGGGCCCACCAGGCCCUCCAGGACUUCCUGGGAGGCAGGGUAGUAAGGGAGACUUGGGGCUCCCUGGGUGGCUUGGAGAAAAAGGUUAUCCAGGCCCUCCGGGUGCUGAAGGAUCUCCAGGACCACCAGGAAAACCUGGUGCUGCAGGACCACCUGGCAGUAAAGGAGAAAAGGGUGACCUGGUUGUUUCAAGAGUGAAAGGGCAGAAAGGAGAAAGGGGUCCUGAUGGGCUCCCAGGAUUUCCAGGGCAACAGGGACAACAUGGCCGGGAUGGACUUCCUGGAAAAAGGGGGGAACCAGGACGCCCGGGGGAUCAUGAAGACGCAGCCCCAGGUGAUAAAGGGCCUCCUGGCUUGCCAGGGCCCCCAGGCAGAACAGGACCUAAGGGGCCACCGGGACUAGGAUUUCCGGGUCCACCAGGAGAGAGAGGGCCCCCAGGAGCUCCAGGCCAUCCCGGCGAGAGGGGCCUUGAGGGCUUGAAGGGUCAGAAAGGUGAAACAAUUUCUUGUAACGUAACCUACCCUGGGAGACCGGGGCCUCCAGGUUUUGAUGGACCUCCAGGACCAAAGGGAUUUCCGGGCCCUCGGGGAGCUCCAGGGUUGAGGUGUCUGGAUGGGCCAAAGGGUCAGCGUGGCAAACCGGGAAUAUCAGAAAUACCUGGUCCACCUGGUUUCCGUGGUGACAUGGGAGAUCCAGGUUUUGGAGGUGAAACAGGGUCCUCCCUUCCCGGGCCACCAGGCGUUCCCGGUUCUCGUGGAGCAAAUGGUCAGAAAGGAAGCAUGGGAGACACUGCCUAUGGCCACCCAGGUCCCCCGGGAGACAGAGGUCUUUCAGGGGUGCCGGGGUCAAAAGGCCACAGAGGUGAUCCAGGACACCCAGGCUUUGCAGGGCCAGCUGGCUUGCCCGGAUUCCCGGGUCUCAAAGGUCCCAGAGGCAGAGAGGGAAGUGCUGGGUUUCCAGGGAUCCCAGGCCCACCCGGCCAUUCCUGUGGGAGAGGCACCCCGGGCACACCAGGGCGGCCCGGACUCCCCGGGGCUCCGGGCAGUCCAGGUCCCCCGGGUUGGAAAGGACAGCGAGGGGAUAUGGGGCCUCCUGGUCCAGCUGGAAUGAAGGGCCUCCCUGGAGUCCCCGGACGGCCAGGGGUGCAUGGACCCCCAGGACCCCCUGGAGUCCCAGGCCCCUUAGGUGAUGAUGGACUGCCUGGUCUUCCGGGCCCAAAGGGCUCCCAGGGGAUGCCUGGCUUCCCAGGUUUUCCAGGGGAGAGAGGAAAGCCUGGCCUGGACGGGCGCCCUGGCAGUAAGGGGGAGCCAGGAGAGAGGGGUCAGCCAGGCUCGCUUGGAGACCAGGGGGUGAAAGGCGCCAAAGGAGCACGGGGGCCCCCAGGACAUGAAGGAGAGAUAGCUAUAAUUGCCCUAAAAGGGAAAACCGGAGAGCCUGGACCUCCUGGAGAUAGUGGAUUCCCAGGAGCAGAAGGUGAUAAAGGCGAUCCGGGGAUGCAGGGGAGGAGAGGAGAGCCGGGAAGACACGGACCACCUGGAUUUCACAGAGGGGAGCCUGGCAGCUCCGGGCAGCCCGGGCUCCCGGGAGCCCCAGGCCCUCCGGGCUCACCCGGGCUCAGAGGGAUUAUUGGUUUUCCGGGAUUUCCAGGUGACCAGGGUGAGCCAGGUUCUCCAGGGUCCCCUGGACUUUCAGGAAUCGACGGAAUGAGAGGCCCUAAAGGAGACAAAGGGGACCCUGCUCUGCUGUUCGGCCCACCUGGUCCAGAGGGAGAACCGGGCAGCCCUGGAUGUCCAGGACAUCUGGGGGCACCUGGAGAGCGGGGCAUGCCCGGUGUUCAAGGACCCCAAGGACCACCUGGAAGGCCAGGACUUCCUGGCUCCUCUGGACCACCAGGCUGUCCAGGUGAUCCAGGGGUGCCUGGGCUGAUGGGACAUCCAGGAGAAAUGGGGGUUCCUGGGCCGAGAGGCAGGAUGGGGGAUCCGGGGGCACCAGGUCUUCCAGGAAUAAAAGGUCCCUCCGGAUCGCCCGGUCUAAACGGCUUGCAUGGUUUAAAGGGUCAGAAAGGAUCCAAAGGUGCUUCAGGGUUACAUGAAGUGGGCCCACCUGGUCCAAUGGGCAUACCUGGGCCGAAAGGGGAGACCGGAGACCCUGGGAGCCCGGGAAUGUCUCCCCCAGGCCUUCCUGGAGAAAGAGGACCCCCUGGCCCCCCAGGGCUACCUGGAUCACCUGGGCCUGCAGGUGCCACGGGAAGACCUCCUAAAGGCGACAUUCCUGACCCGGGGCCACCCGGAGAUCAGGGACCCCCUGGCCCUGAUGGUCCAAGAGGAGCACCUGGGCCCCCGGGCCUCCCAGGGACUGUUGACCUUCUGAAAGGGGAGCCAGGAGACCAGGGUCCGCCGGGCCCCCCGGGCCUCCCGGGCCCCCCGGGCCCUCCAGGACGCAAAGGCUUCCCGGGAUGUGAUGGAAAAGAUGGCCAGAAAGGACCAAUUGGAUUCCCGGGACUUCCGGGGCCACCUGGACUUCCGGGGCCACCUGGGGAGAAGGGUCUGCCUGGUUUGCCAGGCAGACAAGGCCCCCCUGGCCAUCCAGGUGCCAGAGGUGAACCGGGGCCACCGGCAGAUGUGGAUUCCUGUCCCCGAAUCCCUGGGCUUCCUGGGGUACCAGGCCCAAGAGGACCGGAAGGAGGCAUGGGGCCCCCCGGAAUGAGAGGCCCCCCAGGAGCAGGGUGCAAAGGAGAGCCGGGGCCGGAUGGCAGGCGGGGCAAGGACGGCCUCCCAGGGCCUCCUGGACCUCCUGGAAGCAAAGGGGACACAGGAGAAGCCGGCUGGCCCGGAGCGCCAGGCCCUCCUGGGCCCAUUGGGGAGCCCGGGCCCAAAGGGUUUGGGCCUGGAUACCUCAGUGGCUUCCUCCUGGUUCUCCACAGUCAGACGGAUGGAGAGCCCUCCUGCCCGGCAGGCAUGCCCAUGCUCUGGACGGGCUACAGCCUGUUGUACCUGGAGGGACAGGAGAAGGCUCACAGUCAAGACCUCGGUCUGCCAGGGUCUUGCCUUCCCAUGUUCAGCACACUGCCCUUCGCCUACUGUAACACCCACCAAGUAUGCCACUACGCGCGGAGAAACGACAGGUCGUACUGGCUGGCCAGCGCCGCGCCCCUGCCCAUGAUGCCGCUCUCGGAAGAGGAGAUCCGCCCUUACAUCAGCCGCUGUGCCGUGUGCGAGGCCCCGGCUCAGGUGGUGGCGCUGCACAGCCAGGACCAGUCCAUCCCCCCGUGUCCCCGGACCUGGAGGAGCCUCUGGAUCGGGUACUCGUUCCUGAUGCACACAGGGGCGGGGGACCAAGGAGGAGGUCAGGCCCUCAUGUCACCCGGAAGCUGCCUGGAAGAUUUCCGCGCGGCACCGUUCCUGGAAUGCCAAGGCCGCCAGGGAACGUGCCACUUCUUUGCAAACAAGUAUAGCUUCUGGCUGACAACAGUGAGACCGGACCUGCAGUUUUCCUCCGUGCCGUCACCGGACACCUUAAAAGAAAGCCAGGCCCAGCGGCAAAGAAUCAGCAGAUGCCAGGUCUGCAUGAAAUACAGCUAGAGGACCCGCACCUCGCCACCACGUCGUCAGGAGAAACGUCCUGGGGGGCCCGGGCGCCCAGGCUGUGCUAAGAGAUGAAUGGUGCUCAUUUCAGACUCCGGCCUCAGCGACUUCUACUGUUUAUGUGGUUGUGCCCACUAUCCUGUCAUUUCCUCUGUUCGGGACAGAUUAAGUAAACGCUACCCUAUGGAUUGGUCGGACUCACCCAUCUAGAUGAAAUCCAGAUAUUCCUACAUGUUUGAGGACAACGGAAGAACUGGCUUUGUUUAAAAUUAUGCUAAUUCACAGGAAGGCAGAAAGACGAUAAAGGCCAGAUUACAAAUGACAUUACUGAAAACUUCAUUCAUUGGUUAAUAGCACCUCCAAGAAUUGAAGUCAAUUACUCCAUAAUACAGUGGGCUUCAGGAUGGAAUUUUAUCGGGAAAAAAUAAAUAGGCCAACAAAUGAAACCAGAAAGUAGAGAUUUCCAACAUUUCAAAGUGAUUUCCUCUGUAAUCUGUUUUCCCAUGUGCUUUAAAUAAUUAUAAAACCAUGACCCAAGGAGACGUUUUAAAAAAAAGAAGAAAGAAAGAAAGAAAAGAAAAUUCACACAGCUAGCAUUUAACAGUUCAUUUCAAAGCAGAAUGAAUCACUAUGCCAGGAAGGACCACAGUUGCUGGAUCCGGAGAUGCUACAUUAGCAUAAACACAUCACAGAUGAACAUAAAACAUGUUCUCUUCUGCAUUUUUCAGAGAAUGGAAGUACCUACUUUGGCAACGCUUUUGAAAAGUAGCAUUUAUGGGAAAAAUAUAUUCAAUAAGGGAUUAGGAGCCUAAAAGCUCUUAAUGAAUAUUAAGGCGGUGAUUCACAAAAAUUGACUCCCCAUUGCCGUGAACUUCCAACAGAGGGUAUUUUCCCCAGUCGGGGUCCCGCUCGUCCUGGGGCUUGCGCGCGCUAAUGGGACCGAAGCCACACGGGGCUUGUUCAGGCGCACGCAGCUCACACAAAGCAUCCUGCCCUUUCCCCAGGAGCGCCUGCGGAGCCUGCGAUGGACUCUUUUCUCCCGCACAUAAUGGCAUUUCAGACGGGGAAGUGACAGGGCCAUCAUUAUGCACUUGGGAGAAAAUGAAGGGCCGGGGUAAUUAAACUUCGGUAAGAAGACUCGCUGAGGCCACGGGCCAGGAAGAUAUGGUGCUAUUUUAAAAGAAACAAAAAACAACCUACACUCUGCAUUUUAUGUUCCUGUCACUGGUGUUUGCAGAAGCAUCCUCCUGUUUUCCCACUUUUAAAAACAUCCUUCUGUCUUAUGUCAGUA